UCCACGCGCCUGGAGACAGCAGAAAGUGUUCUACAGCACGAGCUCGGCGUAAGCACGAGAUCAGAACGUAAAACAAUUGUUUUUAUUUAGAUGAGAUUCCUGAUCAUUAAACAUUACAUCCGUUGGACUGAAUACUGGCGCACGAGGAUUAAACAGCGACCGCAUCGUGGCAUGAACCAGGACUGAAACGGACUGAAUUGAACUCCUGCUUUGUCACAAAGAGGAUUCAAUGAAAAUGUCUGUCUGUGUCCAUGAGAACCGCAAGUCACGAGCCAGCACUGGCUCCAUGAACAUCUACCUUUUCCACAAGUCCUCGUACGCUGACAGCGUCUUGAUGCACCUAAAUGUCUUGCGGCAGCAGAGGCUCUUCACAGAUGUCUUGCUGCAUGCAGGCAGCCGCUCCUUCCCAUGCCACCGCGCUGUUCUGGCUGCCUGCAGCCGGUACUUUGAGGCGAUGUUCAGUGGUGGGUUAAGAGAGAGCCAAGCAAAGGAGGUGGACUUCAGAGACUCCAUACAUCCAGAGGUGUUAGAACUUCUUUUGGAUUAUGCUUACUCAUCUCGGGUAGUCAUCAAUGAAGAGAAUGCUGAGUCUCUGCUGGAGGCAGGUGACAUGCUAGAAUUCCAGGACAUCCGUGAUGCCUGUGCUGAGUUCCUGGUGAAGAACCUUCACCCAUCCAAUUGCCUUGGCAUGCUGCUUUUGUCUGAUGCCCACCACUGCACCCAGCUUUCCCAGCUUUCCUGGAGCAUGUGUCUCAGUAAUUUCCCAGCUAUCUGUAAGACAGAGGAAUUCCUGCAACUGCCGAAGGACAUGAUAGUCCAGUUGCUCUCACACGAAGAACUGGAGACAGAGGAUGAGCGGUUGGUCUAUGAAUCUGCACUUAACUGGGUGAACUAUGACUUGGAACGGCGACAUUGCCACUUACCAGAGCUGUUGCGCACUGUACGUCUAGCCCUCUUGCCAGCCAUCUUCCUCAUGGAGAACGUCUCCACAGAGGAGCUUAUCAACUCACAAGCUAAAAGCAAAGAGCUGGUGGAUGAAGCAAUCCGUUGCAAGCUACGUAUACUACAGAAUGACGGCGUGGUCAACAGUCCUUGUGCCAGGCCCCGCAAGACUAGCCAUGCCCUUUUCCUGCUAGGGGGUCCUACCUUUAUGUGUGACAAGCUGUACUUAGUGGACCAGAAGGCCAAAGAAAUCAUCCCAAAGGCAGAUAUUCCCAGUCCACGAAAGGAGUUCAGCGCUUGUGCUAUUGGCUGCAAAGUCUAUGUGACAGGUGGUCGGGGCUCAGAGAAUGGUGUGUCCAAGGAUGUUUGGGUGUAUGAUACCUUGCAUGAAGAGUGGUCAAAAGCAGCUCCCAUGCUAAUAGCUCGAUUUGGGCAUGGUUCAGCUGAACUGCGCCACUGCUUAUAUGUAGUUGGAGGUCAUACAGCUGCAACUGGUUGUCUUCCAGCCUCACCAUCUGUCUCGUUGAAGCAGGUGGAACAGUUUGACCCAGUUGCCAACAAGUGGAGCAUGGUUGCACCACUACGUGAGGGUGUCAGCAAUGCUGCAGUAGUCAGCGUAAAGCUUAAGUUAUUUGCUUUUGGAGGAACAAGCGUAACCCAUGAUAAGCUACCAAAGGUCCAGUGUUAUGAUCCAGUGGAAAACCACUGGACCGUCCCAGCAUCUUGCCCACAGCCAUGGCGUUACACAGCAGCUGCUGUUUUGGGGAACCAGAUCUUUGUCAUGGGUGGUGACACUGAGUUCUCAGCUUGCUCAGCUUACAAAUUCAGCAGCGAGACCUACCAGUGGACUAAAGUAGGUGAUGUUACAGCUAAGCGAAUGAGCUGCCAGGCGGUAGCCUCCGGGAACAAACUGUACGUAGUUGGUGGCUAUUUUGGAACACAGCGCUGCAAAACGCUAGACUGCUAUGAUCCCACACUGGAUGCCUGGAACAGCAUAACCACUGUACCCUAUUCCUUGAUCCCCACUGCCUUCGUUAGCACCUGGAAACACCUCCCAGCCUGACUGCUGCAUGCCCCUUGAUAUUCCUUCAUCUUUAAGGAGUCUCGUGUGGUGAACUGGAUUCCAGCUGUGACGAUUUCCUGCUUUCUGUGCAAUUUCAUCAAAAGGCUUCUUCCAUCAGCUUUAAUAAUGAAGAUAUCCAGCAGUGAAGCUUUCACUUUUUUUUGGAUGGUGUGCUUUAAAGACAUUCUGUGUUUGGAAAUCUGUGCUUAAACGUUCCAUUGUCAAAGUCGUUUUGUGGAGUCUUGGGAUGUCGUUUGCCAUGACAACUAAAUGAACCUACUGCUAAUCUGAAAAGGCCAGUUAGUGCCCGGCAUCUUUUGCUGUCAUGUCUGUAUUUUGGCACUUAUUCACUAUUUUGAAAAUGGUGUGUAAGUUAAACUAUUUCUCUGUGCAUCUUGCAACAAGAACUUCAACCAGUGAAACUGAACUUCAAACAGUGGAACUGAACAUGACGGAGGCAGGGUUGCAAUAUAUAAAUAUACUGAUUUCCAAAUGAAAGCAUGAAGACACCUUCUUGAUGUGUGUGUUUUUUUUUUAUUUCACUGUGCUCCACUGUUUUCAUAUAGUUUCUUCUUCUUCUUCUUCUUCUUCUUCUUCAGAAUUGUAGAAUUGUAAGCGAAGGCUUAUUUAUCCCAAGAAGGCACAAACUAACUAUGUUCUGCAAACAUGAAACAGAGACAAGAUGUUUGUCUCCCAUGUCUGAUUCUGGUCAGUUCCUGACAAACAGACUUCCUCAACCUGGUGUGAAACUUGCUGUGAGGAGUCAUCCUGAGGUGAACCACACACCAGAUGUGUGUUUGUGUACAUGUUUGUAUAUGGAAAAGAUCAGCAUGUCCCAGCAUGCUUUCCUGAGCGAAAAUACAGUUGACCAUACAAUAUUAUUCAUUCAUUCUUCUUCUUCUUCUUCUUCAAAAAAAAGCAUGUCCACUGAGAACUUGGAUGAAUGAUGAGCAUUGCAGAAAGCAACUGUCAUUUUGUCAACACCUCCUAAUGACUUCUAGACAAGAGAACAUAUUGGUAUAAAGUUAGGCUGCUUAACUUUGUGCUGAGUGGUUCUGUUCUCGCACAUGCAGAAUAUAAAUGUGAAAGGCAGAAUGAUGGAGGGAAAGAGAGAGAGAGAGAGAGAGAGAGGGUGAUAGUCGUUCUGGCUGCCGGAGAGGUAAUGUCUCCAUGGCAACAACAGUGAACAACCUGAACUGAAAAGAAAGCAAUGUCUAUUCAUAGUCUUAAUUUAUGAUAUUUGUUUUACAGUUGUUUUUGUUUUGUUGUUAAUUUGAACUGUGUAUGUCUAGUUUUGUAUUUAUUGAUAAAAAUGCUUGCAUACCUAUCCCACAUAUCCAACUGUACAGAAUUUGGUGAGUGUUUCGUGCUGUGCAUGGCCCAUACUGCUUUGUGUUACGUAAGAACUGCUCUUUUGCACAUGUCUAUGUCAUGCCGUACUGAAUUCAUAAGGGUCAGAGAAUCCUGGACCUCUAGUUUGACUGACCUGAAAGCGGGCAGGCUUGGGGGUCUUAGGUCAUCACCCAGAUAAGAAUGGGAGGAAUGACAGUGUAGGAUCAGAUUACCCAGGAUACAAUGGAGCAGUUGGUUUGGGAACCCGUGGGGGAAGACCUGGGGGUUAAGAAUUCAUACUGUGAUCUCUUGCAAAAGAAAGGGAAAAAAAAAUUUCUUGUUAUGGCCCAAGGAGUAGACUAUCAAACCAAAUGAGGUUUGAAUUCAAGGUAAAUUUGCUAAAUAAGUAAUAUUUCUGAUUGGAUGAUUUUGAAAACCCAACCACACUUGUGGAAAAAAAAUCAAGCUGCAGUAAUUCUCAUGAUGAACCCACUGAACUGCUGUGUUUGGUUGAAGUCUUGGCCACAGCACAUGAGCUGAAUAUCGGUGUGGCCACUCGCUGACCCUGCUUUGUCAGCUUAACAAUACUCAAACACAUUCUAACUUGGUUUCAGUCUAAUUUGAUAUUACUGAUAAAGACACCAGGGAGUGAGAAAUGUGACAUCAGCAGCUGCUCCUAGAACAGCUGGAACUGUCGCUAAUGUCCCUGAGCACAGUGACAGGUGUUAAUUAUUAUUAAUGCCCUCUACAUAGAUGUUUGCUCUUUGUUCCUUUUCAAAGUCUUAAGCAUUGUAAAAGAUACACUGACUGCUGUUAAAUGUCUUUACCACUAACAUCUGUAAGUUGAAAGAGUGGCAUUGGACUGUAAAUUUGCCUUUCCUCAGGGUUUUCUGUACUACCAGUCCUAAGUGUUUAUGAAGGGUCUUUUCUUGUCUAAAACUGGUGAUAUUUGGUGAUUAACAGAGUUCUUUAAGCCGUACACUGUAUACAUUUUUACGGCGAUGAUGCUGAUGAUGCUGAUGCUAUAUUCCAAAGGUCACAAGACGCGAUGUUUGUACAUGAGGACCACAGGAUGCUGUCUCAAUAGAGCAACUGUAGUAUAACAAGUUGGGCACAAUUGUGAGCACAAUUUACAACCCAAGUGUGAAGAGGGUAUGCUUAAGCUUAUGCAUUAGUGAAUUGAUGAAAUUGAAAACCUAGCAGUUCUAUAUGCUUUAUUUGUCAAGGUAAUGCUAGCUUUAUAGAAGAUCUCCAUCAAAGCAAUGAAGGGGAAAAAUUCAGUUUCUUAUAGAAUGGAUACCGAGAUGGAAAAAAGAGAGAAGUCAAGCUUCACAUUCCUCCCCAGACCUUCUUCCUUUCCACCUACUCCCCUUUUCAAUGAAGUGCUGCUUUACCCUGCUGCCUUUGAAGCUCUCACAUGUGAAACAGAAAGCCCUCUCUGUUUUUUUUCCAGUACACUGCACACUAAAACCUCCACCCAAUCAGAUAGCCCAUUCUUGCCUCGUCUCAAAUAGUGUUUCCCAGGCGAUGGUCAACAAGCCACUCCCCUCCCCCAUCCCCUGACAACACUUGAACUGGUAGCUGUCAAGUGUUUUUUUUUUUUCUUUCUCCCCCUCUCUCUCCCACUGACCCUCUUUUUCCUGACUGGAAGAUCAAGAGCCGAGUCACAGGCUUGCAUGUGGCAUAAAACUCUUAAUCAUCAUCUGCCUUUGUCUGUCAACACUGUCAAUGUUGGGCUGUAUUCUAUUCUGUAUGUCCUAGUAUGUUAUUCUGUUGAAUGUUAUUCUGUUGUCGCUCUGUCACAACCAUGGCGGUUAACAUUAUUUUGUAUAAGUGAUUUUUUUCACAAUGUGAAAUUUAUGGUGAAAUAAAACAUAAGAGUUUUUUCCUCUUAACUGUUAAA